AUGGUGUAUAUUCAUGGCGGUGAAUUUCAAACUGGUGCUUCAAAUCUUUUCCAAGGACACAUGUUAGCUGGCUUUUAUGAAGUUGUGGUUGUGACACUGAAUUAUAGGCUUGGUGCUCUAGGAUUUUUAAGCACUGCAGACCAAAACUCUCCAGGAAAUUAUGGUAUUCUUGAUAUCGCAAUGGCCCUUCGAUGGAUCUAUGAAAACAUUGCCUCAUUCAACGGUGAUAAGGAUUCAAUAACAUUGUUUGGGCCUGGUGCGGGUGCUGCUGCUGCUGGUUUGUUGAUGGUGAAUCCAAGAACUCAGCAUAUCAUUUCUAAAGUUAUUGCCCAGAGCGGAUCAGCUCUUGCUGACUGGGCCUUUAUUCAAGACAGGUAUAGGGCCCAAAAUACUAGCAGAGUUUUUGCACAGCAGCUUGGGUGCAACAUUGAUUCAUCUUAUAAGCUUGUAGAAUGUUUGAGAAGUCACAGGAGCUUUCAUGAGCUUGGAAAUGCUGAAUUUCAGCCUCAGGUAGGCAUGUUUCCCUGGAGUCCAGUCCUUGACAAGAACUUCACUCUUCCUGGAGAUGCUUGGUAUGAAGGUUGGAAACAAGGAGAUUGGUUUUUCGCCAAUUACACUCCUGAGGAAUUUAUAAAGAAGGGUCUCUUCAAUAGAGGCCUUAUGUACAUGACUGGUGUCACAACUCAGGAAGCAGCCUACUUAAUAUAUAACAAUGAGACAUUAGCCCCAGAUUAUGAAAUAGAUGAAAAGUGGUUUGAUAAUAAGAUCCAUGAGCUGGUUCUGCGUUAUAAUUACACCUUAAAUCGAGAUGGUAUUUAUCGUGCAAUAAAGUAUAGGUAUACUUAUUGGCCAGAACCGAAUAAUCCUUUGAGAAUACGUGAACAAUACAUAGAUAUGAUGUCUGAUUUUAUAUAUAGAGCUCCUACUGAUCAUAUAGUAAAAUUAUUAACAGAACAACAUGUGCCAGUUUAUAUGUAUGUAAUGAAUACGACAAUUGAAGCAUUCAAGUUUCCAGAAUGGAGGAAGGCUCCACAUGAUAUUGAACAUUUAUUGCUAACAGGAGCACCUUUCAUGGAUGUUGAAUAUUUUCCUGUUAAACCAAGGCUAGAGAGAAACAUGUGGACAAAUAAUGACAGAAACAUGAGUCAUUUCUUCAUGAAGGCAUUUUCCAAUUUUGCAAGAUAUGGGAAUCCAACGCAGACUGAAAUCUUAGGCCUCCAUUUUGAGCUUGCCCGACAAGGUGAACUGAAGUAUUUGAAUUUGAAUACCACAUUCAAUUCGACCAUCUACCUCAAUUAUCGGCAAACUGAAUCAGCUUUUUGGACUUGGUACCUCCCUACAGUAAUAGGUAUUCUGGUGCCUACCUAUCCGCCAUUCACUGAGUACUGGUGGGAACCUAAAGAGCCUUUACAAAUCGCAUUCUGGUCUAUGUCUGGAUUUAAUCUACUUCUUAUAGUGAUAGUUGUGAUCUUUUGUAUUCUAUGGAGAAAUGCUAAAAGAAACAGCGACCCUCUGUACGGUACAGACCUCCUAGUAUUGACAGAUGAUCAUGUCGGCAUGGAGGGCAUAGAGAACCGGAACCAGAGCACAGGGAAUAUAUACGAGUACAGAGACAAGAGACCAGAGUCUAAAAUCGGAUCAACGCAUUCCCUACGAUCAAGCCAAGGGUCUAUUCUAGACGCAAAGAUUUCUAAAAGCCCUAACGGGAGGCCUAAAACUCCGCCUGUAAAACGAACUUCAUCUCGAAGUACAAUAGACAGCAGUGUGCCCAUGACACAAGUGUAA